AUGGAGCUUUACAUUGGACUGCCAAUCGAUCGAACGAAUGAGAUAUUAUAUUUCAAUUUGAGGGAUGAAUUUAAACAAGUGCCAGGACCUCCUGAAGAAAUCUUUAAUGGUAAAUUCUUCACUUUGGCUGCGUUGAGAGGGAAUCUUUGUGCCUGUAGUUAUGGUUUGGGCUUGGAUUCACUUUUGGUGAUGGAAAUGAAGCAAUAUGGAGUGAAGGAAUCCUGGACUCGAGUAUGUAGCAUCAAUAUUAAUCAGGGAAAUAACUGGAUGACGCCAUUGGCAUUCACCAAGAAAGCUGAACUUGUAACACCAGUCAACCGUAAGGAAUUAGCGAUCUACAGUGUGGAAGAUAAUUCAUCUAAGACUAUUAUGAGAUUCGGAGAGGUUAUGGGUCCGAAAAGCAUGGGAAUAUAUGCAGAUAGUUCAAUCGCUCUUGAUUGUGACUGUUUGCUCAAUACAAAAGGAAGAAAUAGUUGA